AAUUGAGGAAUCCCGUAUUUCUUGCCUGGGAUCAGGGAGGUGACUUGCAGCAAUGAGUUCUGAUGCUGAGAUGGCCGUUUUUGGGGCGGCUGCCCCGUUUUUACGCAAGCCGGAAAGGGAAAGAAUUGAGGCGCAGAACAAACCAUUUGACGCCAAAACAGCUGUGUUCGUAACGGAGCCCAAGGAGGUUUACGUCAAAGGCGUUCUCCAGAGCAAAGAAGGGGGCAAAGCCACCGUCAAAACUGAGGCUGGGAAAACUCUAACAGUGAAGGAAGACCAAGUCUUCCAAAUGAAUCCCCCCAAGUUCGAUAAAAUUGAGGACAUGGCAAUGUUGACUCACCUCAAUGAAGCUUCUGUGCUGUACAACCUCAAAGAACGUUAUGCAGCAUGGAUGAUCUAUACCUACUCUGGGCUGUUCUGCGUUACUGUGAACCCCUACAAGUGGCUCCCAGUGUACAAUCAGGAAGUUGUAGCAGCCUAUAGAGGCAAGAAACGCCAAGAGGCUCCACCACACAUCUUCUCCAUCUCUGAUAACGCCUAUCAAUUUAUGCUCACAGAUCGAGAAAACCAGUCAAUCCUGAUCACUGGAGAAUCCGGUGCUGGAAAGACUGUGAACACGAAACGUGUCAUCCAGUACUUUGCCACAAUCGCAGCAAUUGGGGACAAGAAGAAAGAGCAAACCUCUGGCAAAAUGCAGGGAACCCUGGAAGAUCAAAUCAUUUCAGCCAACCCUCUGCUGGAGGCUUUUGGAAAUGCCAAGACAGUGAGGAAUGACAACUCCUCUCGCUUUGGUAAAUUCAUCAGAAUUCACUUUGGAACCACAGGAAAACUGGCUUCUGCUGAUAUUGAAACCUAUUUGCUUGAGAAGUCAAGGGUAACAUUCCAGCUUUCAGCAGAAAGAAGUUAUCAUAUAUUUUAUCAGAUUAUGUCAAACAAGAAGCCAGAGCUCAUUGAAAUGCUUCUAAUUACUACCAAUCCCUAUGACUAUCCUUACGUCAGUCAAGGCGAGAUCAGUGUUGCCAGCAUUGAUGACAGUGAAGAGCUGAUAGCCACAGACAGUGCUAUUGACAUUCUUGGAUUCACUCCUGAGGAAAAAGCUGGCAUCUACAAGCUGACUGGCGCUGUGAUGCACUAUGGUAACAUGAAGUUCAAGCAGAAGCAGCGUGAGGAGCAAGCCGAGCCUGAUGGCACUGAGGUUGCUGACAAAGCAGCAUACCUAAUGGGCCUGAACUCAGCAGACUUGCUCAAAGCCCUCUGCUACCCCAGAGUAAAAGUGGGGAAUGAAUAUGUCACCAAGGGGCAGACUGUGCAGCAGGUAUAUAAUUCUGUCGGUGCACUGGCAAAGUCUGUCUAUGAGAAGAUGUUCCUGUGGAUGGUCUUACGAAUCAACCAAAUGCUGGACACUAAGCAGUCAAGACAGUUCUUCAUUGGUGUCCUGGAUAUUGCAGGAUUUGAGAUCUUUGAUUUCAACAGCUUGGAACAACUGUGCAUUAACUUCACCAAUGAGAAGCUGCAGCAGUUCUUCAACCAUCACAUGUUUGUUCUGGAACAAGAAGAGUACAAGAAAGAGGGAAUUGAGUGGGAGUUCAUUGACUUUGGCAUGGACUUGGCUGCCUGCAUUGAACUCAUUGAGAAGCCAAUGGGCAUCUUCUCCAUCCUUGAAGAGGAGUGCAUGUUCCCCAAGGCCUCAGACACAACCUUCAAGAACAAGCUCUAUGACCAGCAUCUUGGCAAGUCCAACAACUUUCAAAAACCCAAGCCUGCCAAAGGCAAGGCUGAGGCCCACUUCUCCCUGGUACACUACGCAGGCACAGUGGACUACAACAUCAGUGGCUGGCUGGACAAGAACAAGGACCCCCUGAAUGAGUCUGUUGUGCAGCUGUACCAGAAAUCCUCCGUCAAACUGCUGGCUUUGCUCUAUGCCAGCUUUGCCUCUGCAGAAGCUGAGGGCAGUGGAGGAAAGAAGGGUGGUAAGAAGAAGGGCUCUUCUUUCCAGACGGUGUCUGCUCUCUUCAGAGAGAACCUGGGAAAGCUUAUGACAAAUUUAAGAAGCACCCAUCCUCACUUUGUACGUUGCAUUAUUCCCAAUGAGACCAAAACACCAGGAGCAAUGGAAAAUGCACUGGUCAUUCACCAGCUGAGGUGUAACGGUGUGCUGGAAGGUAUCAGAAUUUGCAGGAAGGGAUUCCCAAGCAGAAUCCUGUAUGGAGACUUCAAACAAAGAUACAAAAUUUUGAAUGCCAGUGCCAUCCCAGAGGGCCAGUUCAUUGACAGCAAGAAAGCUUCAGAGAAGCUAUUGGGAUCAAUUGAUGUUGAUCACACUCAAUAUAAAUUUGGGCACACCAAGGUAUUCUUUAAAGCUGGUCUAUUAGGCACCCUUGAAGAGAUGAGAGAUGAUAAAUUGGCUGCUCUUAUCACGUGCAUCCAAUCUCUGAGUCGUGGAUUCCUGAUGAGAGUCGAAUUCCAAAAGAUGAUGGAAAGAAGGGAGUCCAUUUUCACCAUCCAAUACAACAUCCGCUCAUUCAUGAAUGUGAAACACUGGCCAUGGAUGAAGCUGUACUUCAAGAUCAAGCCUCUUCUGAAGAGCGCAGAGGCUGAGAAGGAGAUGGCCAACAUGAAGGAAGAGUUUGCCAAGUGCAAGGAAGACCUGGCCAAAUCAGAAGCCAAGAGAAAGGAGCUUGAAGCCAAAAUGGUGACACUCCUGCAGGAAAAAAAUGAUCUGCAAUUGCAAGUGCAAUCAGAAACCGAAAAUCUCUCUGAUGCUGAAGAAAGGUGUGAAGGACUCAUCAAAAAUAAAAUCCAACUUGAGGCCAAAGUGAAAGAGAUAUCAGAGAGACUGGAGGAUGAAGAGGAAAUGAAUGCCGAACUGACAGCCAAGAAGAGGAAACUGGAGGAUGAGUGCUCUGAGCUCAAGAAAGACAUUGAUGACUUGGAGCUCACCUUGGCCAAAGUGGAGAAGGAGAAACAUGCAACUGAAAACAAGGUUAAAAACCUGACAGAAGAAAUGACUGCUUUAGAUGAAAGCAUUGCUAAGUUAACCAAGGAGAAGAAAGCUCUCCAAGAGGCUCAUCAACAGACUCUUGAUGAUUUGCAAGCAGAGGAGGACAAAGUCAACACUCUGACUAAAGCCAAGACAAAGCUUGAACAGCAAGUGGAUGAUCUUGAAGGUUCACUGGAGCAAGAAAAGAAACUCCGGAUGGACCUGGAGAGAGCCAAGAGGAAGCUGGAGGGUGAUCUGAAACUUGCCCAGGAAUCCAUAAUGGAUUUGGAAAAUGACAGACAACAAUUAGAAGAGCGACUAAAAAAGAAGGACUUUGAAAUCAGUCAGCUUCUCAGCAAAAUUGAAGAUGAGCAAACUGUGGGUGCUCAACUUCAAAAGAAGAUUAAAGAACUGCAGGCCAGAAUUGAAGAGCUUGAAGAGGAAAUUGAGGCUGAACGUGCUGCUCGGGCCAAGGCUGAGAAGCAGAGGUCUGAUCUCUCCAGGGAACUUGAGGAGAUCAGUGAAAGACUUGAAGAAGCUGGAGGAGCAACUUCUGCCCAGAUUGAGAUGAACAAGAAACGUGAAGCUGAGUUCCAGAAGCUCCGCCGUGACCUUGAAGAGGCCACUCUGCAGCAUGAAGCCACAGCUGCAGCUCUCCGCAAGAAGCAGGCUGACAGUGUGGCAGAAUUAGGGGAGCAGAUUGACAACUUGCAGAGAGUCAAACAGAAGCUGGAGAAGGAGAAGAGCGAGUACAAAAUGGAAAUUGAUGACCUCUCCAGCAACAUGGAAUCAGUUUCCAAGUCAAAGGCAAAUUACGAGAAGAUGUGCCGAACUUUGGAGGACCAGCUCAGUGAAUUGAAAUCGAAACAUGACGAGGAUAUUCGUCAAAUGAAUGAAAUGAGUACUCAAAGGGCAAGACUUCAAACAGAAAAUGGUGAAUUUUCACACCAACUGGAAGAAAAGGAUGCCUUAAUUACCCAAAUGACAAGAAACAAAGUGGCUUUCACUCAGCAAAUUGAAGAACUGAAGAGGCAACUUGAAGAAGAAACAAAGGCCAAGAACGCCCUGGCUCAUGGUCUCCAGUCUGCCCGCCAUGACUGCGACCUGCUCCGGGAGCAAUAUGAGGAGGAGCAGGAGGCCAAGGCUGAGCUGCAGCGCUCAUUGUCCAAGGCCAACAGUGAAGUGGCUCAGUGGAGGACAAAAUACGAGACUGACGCCAUCCAGCGCACUGAGGAGCUUGAGGAGGCCAAGAAAAAGCUUGCCCAGCGGCUCCAAGAUGCUGAGGAACAAAUUGAGGCUGUGAAUUCCAAGUGUGCUUCACUGGAAAAGACCAAGCAGAGACUUCAGGGUGAAGUGGAGGACCUCAUGAUUGAUGUGGAGAGAGCAAAUGUUCUAGCAGCUGCCCUUGAUAAGAAGCAGAGGAACUUUGACAAAAUUUUGGCAGACUGGAAGCAGAAGUUUGAGGAAAGCCAGGCUGAGCUGGAAACUGCUCAAAAAGAGUCUCGGUCUCUUAGCACAGAGCUUUUCAAGCUGAAGAACUCAUAUGAAGAGGCUCUGGAUCAUCUUGAAACUCUUAAAAGAGAGAACAAGAAUUUGCAACAGGAGAUAUCAGAUCUCACUGAACAGAUUGGAGAGAGUGGAAAGGUUAUCCAUGAAUUAGAGAAAUCCAAGAAGCAGGUGGAAUCAGAAAAAAUUGAAAUUCAGACUGCAUUGGAAGAAGCUGAGGCAUCUUUAGAACACGAAGAAUCCAAGAUCCUUCGUCUACAACUAGAACUGAAUCAAGUGAAAUCUGAGGUUGACAGAAAGAUUGCUGAAAAGGAUGAGGAAAUGGAGCAGUUGAAGAGAAACCAUCAGAGGAUUGUGGACUCCAUGCAGACUGCUCUUGAUGCAGAAAUCAGGAGCAGAAAUGAUGCCCUAAGAGUUAAGAAGAAGAUGGAGGGAGAUCUCAAUGAGAUGGAAAUUCAGCUGAGCCAUGCCAACCGUCAGGCUGCUGAAGCCCAGAAACAACUGAGGAAUGUCCAAGGACAACUCAAGGAUGUCACAAUUCACUUGGAUGAGGCCAUCAGAACUCAAGAAGACCUUAAGGAGCAGCUUGCAAUGGUGGAGCGCAGGAACAGCUUGAUGCUGGCAGAGAUUGAAGAAAUGAGAGCUGCCUUGGAACAGUCAGAGAGAGGUCGUAAGGUCGCUGAGCAGGAACUGCUUGAUGCAAGCGAACGAGUACAACUGCUACAUUCCCAGAACACUAGCCUCAUCAACACAAAAAAGAAACUUGAGACUGACGUAAGUCAGCUACAAGGUGAAGUGGAUGAUGCCAUACAGGAAGCAAGGAAUGCAGAAGAAAAAGCCAAGAAAGCUAUUACAGAUGCUGCUAUGAUGGCAGAGGAGCUAAAGAAGGAGCAGGACACCAGCGCUCACCUGGAGAGAAUGAAGAAGAACCUGGACAUCACAGUGAAGGACCUGCAGCACCGUCUGGAUGAGGCUGAGCAGCUGGCAAUGAAGGGUGGAAAGAAACAGCUCCAGAAGCUGGAGGCCAGGGUGCGCGAGCUGGAGAAUGAGCUCGAAGCUGAACAAAAACGUGGAGCUGAGGCCAUUAAAGGUGUCCGAAAAUAUGAGAGAAGAGUCAAGGAGCUCACUUAUCAGGCUGAAGAAGACAAAAAAAAUGUUCUUAGACUUCAAGACCUUGUAGAUAAGCUACAACUGAAAGUGAAGGCUUACAAGAGACAGGCUGAAGAAGCUGAGGAACAGGCCAAUACCCAUCUCUCCAAGUUCAGGAAGGUGCAGCAUGAGCUGGAAGAAGCUGAUGAACGUGCUGACAUCGCCGAGUCCCAGGUCAACAAGCUGAGAGCCAGAAGCCGUGAUAUUGUGUCCAAGGUUAGUGUCCAUUAUUUUUCAAAAGGUGCCAUACACUGCUGAUACUUUCAUAUUUCU